AUGACGAUGACCCUAGAGGACAUGGCUAUGAUAAGCAGCCUUCCUAUCAACGGACAAGCUGUUACCGGUCGUGUCAGCGUCGUUAAUUGGCGAGAACGGACUGGCAAUUUAAUUGGUGUUCAGCCCGACGGCCCUCAGGAAGGCAAGGCCGAUACCGCGAGAGUGAGGCAUUCUUGGCUAAAACUGGUCAGAGGAGACACCAAUCCGUGCCCUCAGGGUGCCAAUGACGUGGUUGUGCAGCAGUACGCGCGGGCCUAUCUUUGGUAUGUACUAACCAAGGUAGUCUUCUCAGAUGCAACUGGGAACUCAGCCCUCUGGAUGUUCCUGGAGCUACUCAAUAACUGGGAUACCCAGUAUAGCUGGGUUUCGGCCGCACUAGCAUAUUUUUAUCGUCAGCUUGACUUGGCGUGUCGCAGGAAGGGAGAUACAUCCUCAUUGGCUGGGUUUGUUUGGAGCCUAUCCGUGUGGAUGUGGGAGCGGAUCCCGGUUGGGCGGCCCGAUUUCAAGAACCCCAACAUGCCAAACCCACGGGGUAAUCAUGACGGGGUGCAUGAUGAUGAUCCAUAUCGGCGCCCUACGCUUGCUUACUAUUGGGAACAAGUGACAGUGUACACAGGAAGCUCGCAUGUGCGAUACAAGUGCUAUAUGAACGAGCUGGACACCUUGACUGCUGAGCAGGUACAUUGGUUGCCUUAUGUGGAAGAUCGUGGCUUUGAUCUUAAUGAGAUGUGCACGUGUUCGAUCGAAGGAAAAAUCAGGAUAUAUCGGAUUGGGCAAACAAACACCGUGCGUGGAUAG